UCCGCACCACAUAUGAGGUGAAGAUUCCGGAAUUCUGAAGCCGGGAGCCAGAAGCCAAAAAACUAAUUUCCAAAUUCCACAAAGGCUUUCCGCCUCCGCCAUUUCUCUCCGGCUGCCUCUUCUCUCUCCGCCGCUUCUUCUUCCUGCAGCCGCCGCCAUGGCCAUUGCCUAUGCCAACACCGAUUGUAUUGCCGCUUUUCUCAUCAAGGAUCAUCAGCACCAUCAUCAUAACCACCACCACCACCACCAUUCUUCCUUCUCCAUCCUGUUUUCCUAUCUGCUCUUUUUCCUUCUGUUUUCAUCUCCUCCCACCGCUUACGCAUUUACUGGAGAUGUAGCCGAAGAUUCAAAGAACAGAAGGGCUGAUUUGUUUGUGCAAAUUCUUAAGGACGAAGCAGUAGGAAAAUUGAACGAACUAGGGAAGGUGAGUGAUGCUGCUCGAUAUCUUGAGAGAACGUUCUUGAGUCCAGCUUCUAUCAAAGCAAGAUUUCUUCUUCAAAAAUGGAUGGAGGAUGCUGGUUUAAGAACGUGGGUUGACUGCAUGGGCAAUCUACAUGGUCGAACUGAGGGAAGGAAUGCAAGUGCUGAAGCAUUAUUGAUUGGUUCUCAUUUGGAUACUGUUGUUGAUGCUGGAAAAUUUGAUGGCGCAUUAGGCAUCAUAUCUGCUAUCUCUGCUUUGAAAGUUUUUAAUAUGAAUGGGAAGUUAGAACAAUUAAAGAGGCCAAUUGAGGUGAUUGCUUUCAGUGAUGAGGAGGGCGUGAGGUUCCAAUCAACAUUCUUAGGAAGUGCUGCUAUUGCUGGUAUUUUACCAGUUUCGUCUUUGGAAAUAUCAGAUAAAAGUGGCAUGACUAUAAAAGAUGUAAUUACGGAGAGUGGAGUACAGAUAACAGAGGAGAGCUUGUUGCAACUCAAGUAUGACCGCAAGUCUGUCUGGGGAUAUGUUGAGGUUCAUAUUGAACAAGGUCCUGUACUUGAGUGGUCUGGUUUUCCUCUUGGAGUGGUUAGAGGCAUAGCUGGGCAGACACGGCUAAAGGUUACAGUGAGAGGUUCUCAGGGGCAUGCUGGAACGGUUCCAAUGCCUAUGCGACAAGAUCCCAUGGCAGCUACAGCUGAAUUGAUUGUACAAUUGGAAAAACUCUGUAAGCAACCAGAGAGCUACUUAUCUUUUGAUGGCCAUUGCACUGAUUCUACAAUGAAAUCACUUUCCACAUCCCUUGUCUGUACGGUUGGAGAGAUAUCAACCUGGCCCAGUGCAAGCAAUGUCAUUCCAGGCCAGGUGACCUUCACUGUAGAUUUACGGACCAUCGAUGACAUAGGACGAGAAGCUGUAAUUUAUGAAUUCUCUAAUCGGGUACAUCAAAUUUGCAGCAGCCGGUCAGUUUCGUGCAAUAUUGAACGUAAGCAUGAUGCAAAUGCCAUAAUUAGCGAUUCAGAGCUGAGCUCGCAGCUGAAAUCUGCUGCUUCCACUGCACUCAAAAAAAUGGUAGGCGAGAUUCAGGAGGAAGUACCUGUAUUAAUGAGCGGAGCUGGGCACGAUGCGAUGGCAAUGUCUCAUUUAACGAAGGUUGGAAUGUUGUUUGUCCGCUGUCGUGGAGGCGUAAGUCACUCCCCUGCCGAGCAUGUAUUGGACGACGACAUUUGGGCUGCGGGUUUAGCUGUCAUGGAAUUUCUAGAAAACCAUCUGUAGUAUUGUACCUCUGUUCCUUGUACGCAAAAGACUAGUAACUUUAGAUAAGUGCUACAUGUUAAUUCAAUUGUACAAUCCAUCUUGGUUGAUUUGCAUCUCUCCUUCAUCGUA